AUGAGCCAUUCGCUAAACCUUAGUAAUUUCCCUCCCAAUGCGGAUACGAUUGAAUUCUCAGCGCACGAUCAGUAUCCUGAUGUCGUGUUCACGCGAGAAAUGCUACAUCCACCAGGACAAAGCCGGCGCACCGAUUGCACUCGUGACAUGAUGGUUCCGGUGACAGAGUCGCUUCCGAAGCGCAUUAUGAGCAUCUUCAUGGAGCUGGGCAUCCUGGAGGCGUUGGGCGAGGCAACACAAUCCGAGUCCCGGCUCGUAUCGCGUGCCGCCUCGUACCUGCAAUUGGUUUGCAGGCGGCUGAAGCAGUACUGGCAAUCGUAUCCUUGCGAGCUAUCGAUGGAUCUCGUCGCUAAAUACUCGCAAACCCGCAACUGGCAGAAAAGCACGAUACGCUGUAUCGGUUGGCAUCCGCAGUGCUUCAAGCUGGCGGUCGCGACCAUUGACGAUACGGUGCGGAUUUACACGCGCAACCCCGGCGUGACGCCAAUCCUUCGGAGCAGCCAACAGAAGGCGGUGACGUGCCUCGCGUGGCGCCCGUUUGCGGGUGGGGAACUUGCGAUCGGAUGCCAAACGGGGGUUCUCAUCUGGAGCGUCGAUCCGAUGAGCCAGAUCACGAGACCACUUUCCCAGGCGGUGCAUUUACAGCACGGCCGACAUCAACCGGUUACGGCGGUCAGUUGGAGCCACAACGGGGAGCUAUUGGUGACGGCCAGCAUUAACGAUACGGAUAUUCUCGCUUGGAACGUCGAUCAGCAGCGGUGUGUUCCGAUGCAUCGCGUCAAGCUGCCGUGUGCGCUUGUGAGCUACGCUCCGCUUGGGUUCAGCAUGAUCGCGAGCAGUGUGGGAAGGGACUUUUACAUCUGCUCGGUACCUCCCGAACGUGCCCAGCGGGUCACUUGGAGCACGUCGUGUGGGUCGCUGCAGUCGUUUGCCUGGUCCCGUGACGAGAAACAUCUCCUGUUUGUGACGACGGAUGACAUAAAGCUGUUCUAUAUGCGGCUUUCGGGUGUCAAAAAUGCAUCGUACGAGCUGGCCUGUCCGCUGGUGGAUUUCGAUCAAAAGGUCACAGAAAACGGCGUGACGAUCGGCGGAAAAGUACAAGCCAUCGCUUGGUGCCCACGUGAUCGCUUCUUGGCGGUAACGUUCAAGAGCACGGCCGCGAUAGCACUUUUCUUCACGAAUAUAUCCGGCCAUAAGAUCAACAUCGACCCUUACUGUCUUAUUUUUGGAUCGGGCGUCGAGUAUCCAGCGUGCUUGUGCUACCAGGAAAAUUACAAGCAGGAGUACGAAUCCGACGCGCAGGCGGUUCUUACGAUCGGGUGGUCUUCCGGGCGGGUGGAAUACUAUCCUUUGUAG